AUGCAGUGUUCCAUCAGGCGCGGCAUUAUAACCUCAGUGGGCAUUGGAUUCCUGUGGCUCCUCGUCACUUUGAAAACCCCCAGGGAAACUGAAGAUGUUCAAAACGUGAUGGCUUUCAAAGGCCAAGAGGACAGUUAUGGCAAAAGAAAAGAUGUGAGACUGCUGGAAGGCUGGCAGAAUCAUACCUUCCAGUAUAUUAAGACAAUUCAGCAGAGAAGAAAGACGUGGCUGACAGUGGGGAUCUCCUCAGUGCCACGACCAGAUCAAAGCGGCCUCUUGUACACCCUGGUCUCUCUGUUCCGUGCUUCCUCUAAGAUCGAGCAGAAACGUCUCACAGUACUGGUUCAUCUGGCACAUUCUGACCUCACCGGGCUCAGAGAAACCAUUGCCCAUAUUUCAACCCUCUUCAGCCCACAGAUCUUGUCAGGGAAGCUGCUACUGAUUCAUGCUCCAUCUGAUGCCUACCGCACCACGGAUGACACGAGGAAGGAGGCCCACCGCGGGGAAUUCUACUCCAAGCGGAAUAGAGAUCAUGCCUUCCUCAUGAGCUUUGCCGCAAAGCUCUCUGAAUACUUCCUGUUACUGGAGGACAAUGUCCUUUGUGCCCCCAACUUUAUCACCCACAUUCAUUGGAAGGUGGACACAAUGAGGUCCGACCCAUGGGUGCUACUGGAGUUCUCUAAUAUGGGCUUCCUCGGCAAACUCUUCCACAGCAGGGACCUCCCACUCCUGGCUCAUUUCCUCCUCCUCUUCUACAAGGAAAAGCCCCUUGACAGACUGAUCCCCCACUUCCGUACCCUCCUAGCUCAGAAAAACCCAAUCCUCUGCAGACCGUUCCUUUUCUACCACAGGUUCUCCUACUAUACCUCCAAUGACAGUCAGAAGGCCACGCCAGUCCGGAAAAAGAACCCCUAUGGUCCUGACAACCCACCCACAGCCAUUUUCACAGAUAUGAAGGUUUUUGAUGUUCAUUUCCCCUGGAAGGCCUACACUCUGGAUGAGUCAUUCUUCUGGACCCAAAAUGUUAGUGCAGGGAACCACCUGACAGUCAUUUUGAAGCAUCCAGCGAACUUGAGCAGGGUGCAAGUGUUGACAGGCACCAUCGUGGAUGGAAAGCAUGCCCUAGAGAAGGGGCAAGUGGAGCUGGGCUAUGACCCCGAGGGAAUGCCUCAAUACUGUACCAGCUUUGCCUUGCUGGGCCAUCUCUUGGAAGGGCAGGUGAAUCAGGAGAUCUUCAAAAGUAUGGGGUACGAUGUGAGCUGUGUAAGGCUGGUGGUGAAAGCUAAUCAGGUUGGCGGGCUCAUAAUCAGGCAUAUUUACCUCUGGGAGGAAAAUCCCAAAGAUAUAGAAGCAGCUCAGAGUUGGAGAUAAAUCGCUAAGGAUGUGAAAAAUUAAAGUUGUGAAGCUGUUCCAUUCCAGCCUGAGUGACAUGGGGAGAUAGA